UUUUGAGCUCCGUUUGAUAUUUGUCUUUGGACCAAGUAAUCUCAGCACAGCAAUCGAUAUUACGUGCAUGUUUACAAGGUGGUUGUUCAUUGCAGCAUUCGACUUAAUAUUUAUCUUAUGGCUAAUUCCCUUCGCAAGUAAGAAUUCAACGCAAGCAACAGAAAUCGAUAUAGGUUUUUGCAGCAUCAGUUGCCCAUAUAGUCAGAAUCAAUUAGGCAUGCCUUUUUAUGCUAACAUUUAGGACACAAAAAUUGGGUUAAUUGAAACUGGAAAUUGCAUGUUGUAAUUGGGUGUCGACAUAAUUUUUAUACUGUCCUUGAUGUUAUUUUUGUUUCUAUCAUAAUCAAAACUUGAAGAUGCAAGGUACAAAAGUAUUAAUCCUCGUUUCAUGUCAAUUUUCCCCCCACUGAUGGUCUCUACAGUUGCUGAAAACCAAAUUAUUUUCCCCACAUGUUUCCCUCCUAUUUAUCUGCAGAUUUCGUCUCUCUGACCAAGAUACAUUCCCUACAAGUUUUCACGAUCUAGUAAUGAUCAUCAUUUUACCAUUUAUGUGGAAUCCCUUAUCCAUCUCCCCUUAUUGGGUGUAUACACAAUGGAGUCAAGUCCUCUCAUUCACCACACAUUCUUCGCUACACUUCAGUCACUUCUCCUCCAAAUUUCAAAAGCAAAUCAUGUCUGCUCCUAAGUGCUGUGACUGCGAAUGGCUAAAGGCUUUAUGCAACAAGUUGCAAGAUGAUAUGAAAAGAAUUGAAGAGAAAAACCAUCUGAAGGAGCUCCUGUGGAAGUCUUCUGGAAGCUGGGCAGAAAAGGAGCAUGCCGUCCAAGAAGAUAUCAUAAUUGCAUCCGAAGAGAUCGUGAACAACGUUGAUGAUGGGUACAUGGAUGAUACAUCACUUGUUAGACAAUCCCUGUGAAUCCAAAUUUUUUCUUCCAACUUUUUGGGAGGGAGCCAGUAAGAAUUUCAUAAACACAGAAAGCAUCCUAAAAUAAAAUAAAAAAUUUAUCUUGCCAGUCACCAUUCUACCUUUUAUAUUUCCUUCUCCGUCUUUCCUUUCUGAAAAUUAUAUGUGGCACUUGAUAUUAUGUCAACAUAAGGUUGUCUUGGUUCCUUGUCCAAAUAUGUCUUGGUUGACUGAGCGCCUACCAAAUAAAUUGUAAACCAUUAGCCAUUUGACAACCUGAGUCCAAUUUAGUUU